UUGAAAAGGACAAGAAGCUCUCACAUGACCCGAACCAUAUCAUUCAUGGGUCCCUUUACUCUUCUCUAAUAUUUGAUCUUCAUCUCUGCCAUCGAGAAAACAAAAACUCUUUCAAGCCCACUACGAACACUUCUUCACCCCUUAAAAAGUCACAAAGAGAGAAGAAAGAGAGAGAGAGAGAGAAGCCAAUUUAACUCGAAAACAUUGAUUUCGUUUUCAUUUAUUUACCUUUUGGAGUCAACGAAAAGAUCAGAAGAAGGAAGCAAACACAAAGAGAUUUUGUAUUGGGUCAUCAUCUUGUCAACAAUCACUACUCAUCAGAUCCAUAAAAAUAAAGUUGAGAUACUUUUUGAAAGAUCUUGAAUUGGUCCAUCUUCUUGUCAAGAAACCCAUUAGAACAGAAAAAGAAAAAAAGUUGGAUACUUUUGAAAGAUCUUGAAAUGAACAUGUCAACAAUGAAUUCUGAACAAGAACUCGCCGAGAACGGAGCUGGCGGUUCCGGCGGCGGCGACAAUAAUUACUUCUACACCGCGGAGAUGCGAGAGCACAUGUUCGACAAAGUGUUGACACCAAGUGACGUCGGUAAACUAAACCGGCUCGUGAUCCCAAAGCAGCAUGCAGAGAACUACUUCCCUUUGGAAGACAAUCAAAACGGCACAGUGUUGGAUUUCCAAGACAGAAACGGCAGGAUGUGGAGGUUCCGUUACUCGUACUGGAACAGUAGCCAAAGCUACGUGAUGACCAAAGGCUGGAGCCGUUUCGUCAAAGACAAGAAACUCACUUCCGGGGACACUGUCUCUUUCCACCGUGGCUUCAUCCCCGACGACAACGCACCGGAGAGACGGCUGAAGAUAAUGUUCAUCGACUGGAGGCAUAGAGAUACCCAUAAUAACUACGGCUUCGGGUCUCCACCAUAUCCAACGGCUAGCUUUUAUCCGCCGCCACAGUAUCCCAUGCCAUUGCCAAGCUACCGGAGCUUCCCACCCUUUUAUCAUAACCAGUAUCAAGAAAGAGAGUAUCUAGGUUAUGGCUAUGGUAGACUUGUUAACGGAGGGCGUUACUACGCAGGAACACCGUUGGAUCAUCAUCAUCAUCAUCAGUGGAGUCUUGGUAGAUCUCAGCCGUUGGUUUAUGAAUCAGUUCCUGUUUUUCCUGCGGCAAGGGCACCACCACCACCACCGGCGCCUCCUCAGCCGCCAAUAACGAGGAGGCUGAGACUGUUUGGGGUUGACGUGGAAGAGUCUUCUCCUUACGUGGAGACACGUGGCGAGAUGGGAGUGGCAGGACACUCUUCGUCGUCUCCGGUCGUGAUCGGAGACGAUGACCAAUUAUCUUGGAGGUUGCCAAGUGGGGAAGUGGAUGCAUCGACUUCUUUGCCGAUGCAGCUAAGUGAUGAUGAAGACUACAAGAGGAAAGGGAAGUUUUCAGAGUACUAAAGAUAGAAAUAAAAUAAGAAAGUAUUAUCCCAUUAUACAUUUUCACCAUUUUCUUUUUAGUAUCUCCUCUUGUUUCCUUAGUUUUAAGUUCGUUUCCAACUUUCAAAUAAUUAGGUCAUUUUGCAAUUGGGGAAUAUUGUAGUGGGACAAUAUACCGGUUUUAUAUUUUAUAUAUCUAUUUUGGUUUUGAUUUU